AUGGAUCUCCUGCUCGUCCUCGCCGGUCUCGGCUCGGGAGAGGACCGCGAUCGCGGAAUCGGGGAAUCGCGCACAGAGGCGAGAACACCGGUGAAGACGACGCCGACGCUUCGAGUGGAACCGUGUUCGUAUCCAUCGGGACGCAUGCUCCUGAACACGUUGCUGCCAAACCUGAAGAAUAAGACGCUUUCGAGAGCGAGAGGGGCGGAGCGAGUCGACGAUGACGGAGAUGACCACGACGACAAGAGAGACGAGGAUUACGGAAUCUCUCGCCGAUUCGCGUCAUCUCCCGAUGAUUUCGCAUCGACAUCGACGUCGAUCGCAUCGAUGACGGAGUCGAUGGCGCACUCGGCCGCGCGCGUUGAAGCCAUCGUCACCGCUUUGGCCACACGCGUUGAUGCGAUGGAGAAGAAAAUAGACCAAAUUCUGAGCGAAAUGCGAGCGAGUCGAGAGGAGGGCGAAAGUGGAGAUCGAGCGUGCGUCACCGAUGAUGAUUCUCCGCCCGUGUCGCCAGUGCCGACGCCAAUUACUUCGCCCUGUCUUGUCAGGGCAACUCCGUCGCCGUCGCUCGUGAACGCGUUCGCCGAACUCUACGCCUAG